AGCUCUCCGGUCAGUUCACCAGCAAUUUGCGCUUUUUGUUCCGAAAAAAUAGACGGUCCAAUAAUAACAGCAUUAGCACCAAAUUCAUAUUACGCUCAAAAAUUCCAUCCGUACCAUUUCAUGUGUACUUAUUGCCAAAAGGCAUUAAAUCUACGUGGCACUUAUCGGGAACAUGAACGAAAACCAUACUGUCAUGAAUGUUUCUAUCGAUUGUAUAACGGUCUCAUCUAUUCACCGGAUGAAAAACAAGCCAGAAUUGAAAAAUUAAUUUAG